CUUAAACCGCCGGUCUGCCCCUCCUCUUCAUUCUGUCUUGUUUGGACAUCCAACGUUCUCCUGAAAGAGCAACACCCUCCAGCAACCCCUUCACAGUUUACGACAACCACCGCUUCCUAACAAACCGACCCACCACCUCUCACCCCUCACUCCACAAUUUGUACCAACCACCAUGUCUCAACCCCCCACCACCCACAACACAAUGUGGGACAAAACAAAAGUGUACAGCAAAAAGGGCUUCGACAAAGCCUGGGACGCCCUCGACAAACUAGGCGGCCCCGUCAACCGGCUCAGCAACAAACUCGGCUCCGAGGCCUUCUGGCCCAUGACCCUCGACAAGGAGAGCGAGAAGGUCGCCCGCAUCCUGCGCAGCUUCUGCAAGGAUGGCGUGUAUGUCGACGAGCCGGCCACUCAGACUGCGCCCGCGGUCAGUGGGGCUGAGGCGGGGAAACAACAACAGCAGCAGAACCAGAAGCAUAAGAAGGAGAAGGAGAAGAUCGAUGGGCCGAAGGGGAAACAGAAGGUGUUGAAGAAGAUCCCGUCGGAGGUUAUUCGCGAUGCGAAGGGGUUGGUGAUUUUCACGGCCAUGAGGACCGGCUUGUGGUUUAGUGGGGCCGGAGGUAGUGGUGUUUUGUUGGCCAGGGUGCCGGAGACGGGAGAGUGGAGUGCCCCCUCGGGCAUUUUGUUGCAUACUGCGGGUUUGGGGUUUUUGGUCGGCGCAGAUAUUUAUGAUUGUGUGAUGGUGAUAAAUACCUAUGAGGCGCUGGAGGCGUUCACCAAGGUGAGAGUCACACUGGGCAGUGAGAUCACUGUUGCGGCGGGGCCGAUUGGAAUGGGUGGCGUCAUUGAGUCGGAGGUGCAUAAGCGCAGGGCCCCGAUCUGGUGCUAUGUCAAGAGUCGUGGGUUCUAUGCUGGAGUGCAGAUUGAUGGCACGAUUGUGAUUGAGCGGUCCGAUGAGAAUGAGCGGUUCUAUGGCAGGAAGAUUGCCGCCAAGGAGAUCCUGGCUGGUCAGGCCAGGACCAGGAAUCCGUCUGUCGGCAUGUUGACCCAUACCAUUCGUUCCGCGCAGGGUGAUGCCAGCUUCGAUCAUGCCCCUGCCGGUGUGCAGGCCCCGACGGGCCCGAGUCCUAGUGAUUAUGCGGCUGAGGACCUUUCGAAUACGAAUAUGAUGCAGACGGGAGCGCCGUCUGGACAGUAUCCUCCCGGCCAAGCGCAGCAAUAUUCUCCUGGUCAAGGGCCUCAACAUAACCCUUACCAGGGUCCGCCACUACCUCCCAGGCCGGGUGCACAAUUUCCCUCCGACCAGGGCGCACAAUACCACUCCGAGCAGGCAGCUCCCUACCAACCCCCCCAGGGAGCACCAUACCACCCAAGCCAAGACCCAGAAUACCAACCCUAUCCUCCUGGCGAGGGACCGCAAUUCCACCAGGACCAAGCCCCGCAAAAUCCCGCUGCCGAGGGGACGCAUUAUCAUCCAUACCAUCCGGGCCAGGAAGCGCAACACCCGCCCGCAGAGGGGGCGCAGUAUCAGCCAUACAGCCCUGCUGAGGGAUCGGGAGCGCAACAUCAAUAUGGACAGGAGGCACAGCAUCAUGUGCCCCAGGAGGCCCCUUAUUAUUCUCCAACUGGAACUCAGGAGAACCCGAAGUAUUAAAGAUUGGUGAUUUGGAUCUAGUUGUCAUGUCUUUCUUGGGCGAGUUCGCUUCAUGUGUAUUUAGCUUAUAGAUUUGGUUUGAUGGGUAUGAUUUCUGAUUUUAUGGAUGCUUUUUCGCUGCGGCAUAAUGCAAGACACUACUACUAGUACUUUACCCAGUUCAGUCA